UCUUGCCGAGUGUUCUUUAUUCCCCGAAUAGCCCCCACAGACGAACUACGGAAAUGGACGCUUCUCCCAACUGGCUCGCCUUCUCCCUCUCCCACCAACCCGCUCUCUUCGGAGCCUUCUCCGCCGCCCCUCAUCACGGCGGAAAGGAGAAGAUGGAGGAGGGCGGCGGCGGUGCUGGAGGUGACCAGGCGAUGCAUCCCGCGGAGGGGCCGAAACUAGAGGACUUUCUCGGCGGUUGUGGAGGCUUUUCCGGAGGUCAUGCGGCUGCGGUAGAGACGGGUGCCAGCGGGGGUUACGACUCCGACCUCAGGAGCAUGGCCGCUGGAUUCCUGCAGAGUUCCAUGACGGAGCGUCCGGAUUCAUCGGCCUCCAUAACGGCGGCGGUGGCGCCAGACCAGCCAAGGAGGGCGUCGGAGACCUUCGGGCAGAGGACCUCCAUCUACCGUGGUGUCACCAAGCAUCGGUGGACGGGGAGAUACGAGGCGCAUCUUUGGGACAACAGCUGCCGCCGGGAGGGGCAGAGCCGCAAAGGCCGCCAAGUCUACUUAGGCGGCUACGAUCAGGAGGAGAAGGCGGCGAGGGCGUACGAUUUAGCGGCGCUCAAGUACUGGGGUCCCAAUGCCACGACCAACUUCCCGGUGUCUAACUACGAGAAGGAGAUGGAAGAGAUGAAGAAUAGGACACGUCAGGAGUUCGUGGCAUCCCUCAGAAGGAAGAGUAGUGGGUUCUCUAGAGGAGCCUCCAUAUAUAGAGGAGUCACUAGACACCACCAGCAUGGCCGAUGGCAGGCAAGAAUUGGGAGAAUAGCUGGAAAUAAAGAUCUAUAUUUAGGAACUUUUAGUACACAAGAGGAAGCUGCAGAGGCUUAUGACGUUGCGGCAAUCAAGCUCCGGGGGCUCAAUGCGGUGACAAACUUCGACAUGAGUCGCUAUGACGUUGAGAGCAUCCUGAACAGCGACCUCCCCAUUGGUGGGGUAUCUAACAGGACCUUCCAGACCUCGGAUUCAUCAUCGGCAUCCUCGGAAUCCAAUGCCAGGCAUCAAAUUGGUGGGGAGGAUUCCAUUACCCUGGCCUCAUCAGAACGGGGCCAGGACAAGUGCUCUUUACUAGCUCUGCAGCAGCAGCAGCAACAGCAACAGAGAAAUCUGACGUCGGGUUUUGAAGCGUUUGGUUCUGGUGUUAAUGUGGAUUUCUCUGCUGCUGCUUAUGUUGGUGGUAUUGGUCAAGGGAGAGUGGGGACCGUUGGGUGGAACGGUCGGAUGGUUCAACAGCAAGAGCAAAGCCAGAGCAGGAGUUGUUCUUCAGUACCUUGUGCUACUCCUAUCACCAUGGUGGUGGGCUACGAGGGUUCCGGUUACCGGGGGAGGGAGGGGGGGAGCUGGGUCACGCCACCUUACUACUACCAACAGGGUGCAAAGCCUACAGUCGCAGCCUUGCAUGCAGCCCUUUAUCGGAUGGAAUGAUGUCCUUUAUGUCAUGCAAUGAUGUCAAUGUGUGGGAUAAUGAGGGAACACUGCAUGAGCAUGCAGAAAGAAAAAGAAACGCGCAGAGAGAGAGAGAGAGAGAGAGAGAGAGAGAGAGAGAUGAUUUGAACUGACAAGGACAGAAAGGAAUAGGCAGACUUGUGGUGGACUAACAUGAAGUCUAAAGUUUUGCUCAUGGUCAUGUUCCUUUGCUUUGUGCCAUUCCUUUCCUGACAUGAUUCUAUACCAUCAUCAUCAGCUUAGUAUCGACACGAGACGUUUAAUUAUGUCUUUUCCUUUUGGCCAAGUUAUGCUUAGCUUCUAUUCAGCGACUGAGAAAAGCCCAUCUAAGAUUUCUUGUAUGUUUUUAAAUUACUGAUAUUUGAAACUCUUUCAAUUCUCUGGUGAAUGCAUUAAAAAAGUUGAUACAGUACUGUUGGUUGAGGUUAUCUCAACGUCUGUGGGCACGUCAUGGUGCACACGAAGGUUUCAUGCUAAAAGGAUUCUUUUGACUCGAA